GGUGGCAGAUGCAGAGUGGCACAGCAGCCGCGCGAGACGGACAAGAACGGAGCAGAAAGCAGCGUUGCCAAGACAGCGCGCCCCGCGCACAGAGAGGGUAUACGUCGUGAUUGACAGUCGAGAGACACUGAGCGCCCCGCGCGGCAUUGGAGCGGAGCCCGCUAAUCUGUCCGCUGCACCGCUUUCGCCUGUGCGAAAUACCCUCUUCAUGCAGAUCAGUCGCUUAACUAGGGCAGACAAGAAGUCUUUAUCCCCUCGCUGCGGUGUUGAGAGUCUUGCAGUCGAUAAGACACAAUCAAGGACACAGUAGGCUUAAUAUGCAAGCGAGCACAACUGUAGCCUAGACCACCAUCUCCUCAAAACGGGGUAGUGUGGGAGUAAGCAGUCGUUUUUUUAUUUACAAUUGAACUGGCAGACCAAUUGGGUUAAUUUCAGACGAUUUUACGCAAGUCUCACUUUUUUGGAAUACCAUCUGGGUGUGAAAGUCUCCUUUAUCUUCGGAGUUUUUGUUAUUAUCAUUACAACUGGACUUUUGGUUGUAUUCGAUUGGUUUGAUAAAAGAGCGGGUGCAUUAACGGUCGCCCUCUCGUCGGGAUUGCCCAACGGCCAAAUCACAGGAGAAGAUUUGAAGUUAAGUGCGUUCUAUGCUCUAGUGUGUGCAGUAGCGUUCGCGCCGCUUCUCAUAGAGCCGUAGUAACCCAGCAGUCGCGGAGUAGGCUAUAGUUGAGCUUAUUUCACCCUGCAUUCACACCACAAGCGCUUAUUAGUAUCCCCUUUUCUAUGGAGUAGGUCGCAAGGGAAGGGAACUAAAGAGCGCUUUCCUUCUUCUCCGCCUUGAACAACAGGCGGCUCUGAUCGAAAGCUUCUCCGGAGAAUGGUCACAGACCAAUGGGGAAUCAUGAAUAGCUCUUCGGAACUCGAGGAUGGACAACGGCAUAAAAACCAGACGUUCUGUGAGUGUGUGCCCAGCUCCUCCACGCUCAAACACCGCUGGUCAGAUUCAGACACAGUCAGAGAGACCCCGCCCAAGAGGAUGAGCUGCAGCUACCUCCUAUGCACCAUCCUUCUCUUCGUCGCAGUGCUCCUCGCCGUCACGGUAACCGGCACCAUCCUCUUCAUGAACCACUACCAGGCCCCGCCCAUGUCCGACGGCCCGCCCCACAUCUCCACCAAUCAGGACGAGGCCAACGCCCUCGUCACCGUGGAGAGGGGCGACGGCUCGCGCAUCAACAUCUUCAUUGACCCCAACUGCCCCGACUACAACGGCAACUUCCUGCGCCUGGAGGGCGUUCAGACGUCGCUGCUGCACUCGCUGACCGACCACGACUCGGACCUCAAGUCCGUCAAGGGCCAGGACCGCGCCCUGCUGGUCAACCUGGCGGAGGAGGUGGCCAAGCUGUCGGCGCACGCCGGCCAGUUGAAGAUGGACUACGAGUCACUGAGGCGAGGCCAGGGAAGCCUGGGGCAGGACCUCAACACUCUGCAGACUGAGCAAGGCAGGCUUAUACAGCUGCUCUCCGAGAGCCAGAUCAACAUGGUGAAGGUGGUGAACUCGGUGAGCGACGCCCUCAACACCAUGCAGAAGGAGACGGGGGGGCUGAAGGCCCGCGUCAAGGCCGACCUGCAGAGGGCUCCAGUCCGGGGUGCCCGCCUCAAAGGAUGUGCCAACGGCUCCAGGCCUCGUGACUGCGGGGAUCUCUACGCCAAUGGCCAGAGAGAGGACGGCAUCUACUCUGUCUUUCCCACACACUACCCCGCCGGCUUCCAGGUCUACUGUGACAUGACUACUGAUGGAGGAGGCUGGACGGUAAUCCAGCGCAGGGAGGACGGCUCGGUUAACUUUUUCCGGGGAUGGCAGUCCUACCGUGAAGGAUUUGGCAAGAUCACCGGAGAACACUGGCUUGCGGGGCCAUCAUUUUGGGGUGAGCGAUUUGAGAUGACAGAGCUGUCUGCCUGUGUCUGCGCUCCGAGACUGAGCAGCAAGGCAGAACAACAUGGAGGGCAGAGGAAGGAGGACUGA